CGGCUCAUGGAUCCGCUCCCUCCCUUCACAAACACGGAAGCAGCAUGGCGUCCAACAGCAGCGGCGGCGGCGGCUCCGACAGGCGACGGAUUGCACAGCAGAGACUGAGGAUAAUUGCCGGACACUUGCAGGGACCGGUGGACGGUGACUCGACCGUCCUGGCCGCGGAGUGCAAAGCCCAGGGCAGCAAAACAGAGGUCUCCAGUGAGGGGAACACGGUGCCGAGGAGGAGGCAGGAGAUUAUGAAAUGGAACGGCUGGGGAUACAGCGAUUCAAGAUUCCUCUUCAAUAAGAAAGGCCAAGCAGAAUUUACUGGCAAAAGAUAUAGACUAAGUGGUAUGAUCAUCCCCGGUCUGAAAGAUUGGUUUGAAGGCACAUUUGGAGCCAAUCUGCAGCAUAAAACGCCAGCAACACCCAUACUGACCAACACUGCUGUACCGCCUGCCACACUUAACGAGGCCUUCGUGGAGGAAGUGAAAUCCACAGGUAUUCCCUUCUCUCAUGACGCGGAGGACCGGGUGUUUCGCGCCCAUGGCCAUUGCUUACACGAGAUCUUCGCUCUGCGGGAAGGGAAAAUUGGCCGUGUUCCAGACAUGGUGGUAUGGCCAAGCUGCCACAAUGAUGUUGUGAAAAUUGUACAACUGGCGUGCAAACAUAAUGUUUGUUUGAUGCCAUAUGGAGGAGGGACUAGUGUCUCUAGUGCCCUAGAGUGCCCCCCAGAGGAAACUCGCUCCAUCGUCUCUCUGGAUACCUCACAGAUGAACCGCAUUCUGUGGAUUGAUGAGAAAAAUUUAACUGCCCAUGUGGAAGCUGGCAUUGUCGGUCAGGAUUUGGAGAGAUUGCUUAAUGAGAGUGGCUACUGUACGGGGCAUGAGCCUGACUCCAUGGAGUUCAGCUCUCUGGGGGGCUGGGUGGCAACCAGAGCAUCAGGCAUGAAGAAGAACAUCUAUGGGAACAUUGAGGACCUGGUCAUCCACAUAAAGAUGGUGACCCCACGAGGGGUGAUUGAAAAGAGCUGUCAGGGGCCACGCAUGUCCACGGGGCCGGACAUUCACCACUUCAUCAUGGGAUCAGAAGGAACCCUGGGUGUGGUUACUGAGGUAACGAUGAAGAUUCGUCCCAUGCCGGAGUAUCAGAAAUACGGCUCGGUGGUAUUCCCUAAUUUUGAGCAGGGAGUCGCCUGUCUUCGAGAAGUUGCCAAACAGAGGUGUGCCCCGGCAUCUAUACGACUCAUGGAUAAUGAACAGUUUAAAUUUGGUCAUGCCCUGAAGCCUCAAGUAUCUUCAAUUUUCACAUCCUUUUUGGACGGGUUGAAGAAGUUUUACAUCACCAAGUUCAAAGGGUUCGACCCCGACCGCUUGUGUGUGGCCACCCUACUGUUUGAGGGAAACCGUGAGAAGGUCCUGCAGCACGAGAAGCAAGUUUAUGACAUCGCUGCAAAAUUUGGGGGCCUGGCAGCUGGAGAGGACAAUGGGCAGAGGGGCUACAUGUUGACCUUCGUCAUCGCUUACCUCCGGGACUUAGGAAUGGACUACUAUGUGAUCGGGGAGUCCUUUGAAACCUCUGUGCCUUGGGACAGGGUGUUGGACAUUUGCCGGAAUGUAAAGGCACGCAUCAUUCGAGAGUGUAAAGAUAAAGGAGUGCAGUUUCCACCGUUAUCCACAUGCAGGGUGACUCAGACGUACGAUGCUGGUGCCUGUGUCUACUUUUACUUUGCCUUCAACUACAGGGGACUCAGUGAUCCAGUACAUGUGUAUGAACAAGUGGAGCAUGCAGCUAGAGAAGAGAUCCUUGCCAAUGGAGGGAGCUUGUCACAUCACCACGGAGUGGGGAAACUUCGGAAGGAGUGGAUGAGAGACACCGUCUCCAAUGUCGGCAUGGGGAUGCUCAAGUCUGUCAAGGACUACGUGGACCCCAAUAACAUCUUCGGCAACAGGAACCUCCUCUAAUUUCCCGCCCCCCGUCCAUCUUUAAUCUCACCUUUUUCUAAAAGCAUCUUGUGCAUUUUGGAUUAAUAGAUACUAAAUGAGAAUUUAAAACGGAGAGAGAUCUCGUCUUUUUCAUCAAAAAGAGUCAUUCGGUGCCAUUUAUUGAUUCACCCAAACCUUUUUUUUUCUUUUACAUUGUAUUGCACUCAAUAUGCUGUAACAAUCAUUGUCAUUAACCGUGAAGUUCAUUCUUGCCGUUGAGUCGUGGCCUCAGCUUGUCGUCGGAGCUACGGCCACAAUGCAACCCGACAUGAUGCAACAAAACCUUGAUUUUGUGUCACAUUUGCUAAUGUCUAACAAUCUCCUCAAUAUCCUUGCCAACGUGGUUUACUCAUCGGUUUGUUUUCUUUCCUCUUUUGUGUGUGUGUGUGUGGGGCACUUCUUUAGUGGUAAGUUCUAGAUGAAUGCACUUUCUAAAGCUCUGUGCCUUUCUAAAGCUUUUGUCUGCCUUCCCCUUCUCCUACUUCACCCUCUGCUGGUGUAUAAGUGAGUCCCUUUGUGAAGCAAAAGUAACUUGGACAUGAUGUUUUCUGUCUCCAGUUGAUGUUUUUCUUGCCCUCAUGCCUUUUGUUGUACUGACCUAUUGCCAUAAGAGACUUUUUCUGGACCGUGUGUGUGUCUGUGCCUCUGCUGACAAACCUGUUUGACUAAAGCCUUCCCCUCUGCCCCACCAAAUUUUAACCCCCCCCGUCCCCU